AUGACUUGCGUCCAGUUUACUGUGAAUGGGCAGCCAUGUACAGUGUCCAGCGAUGUCCACCGGGAGACGACCCUGUACUAUUAUCUGACGUACCACCUGGGCCUCCCCGGCACGAAGGCGAUGUGCAAACAGGGUGUGUGCGGAGCGUGCAUCGUCAACGUGACUGCGCAGAGAGAGACCAGCGGCGCUGUGGAGACUUUCUCUGUUAAUUCUUGUCUGGUUCUCGUGUACUCUUGCGAUGGCUGGUGCAUCACCACCAUAGAGGGCGUUGGAAACCGUGCAGUAGGCUACAGCGAGGCUCAGAAGCGCAUCGCAGUGUUCAAUGGGACCCAGUGUGGGUUCUGUACCCCAGGUUGGGUGAUGCACUUAACAAGCCUGUUAGACAAGGGUCUGAACAUGUGUGAGUUAGAGAAUUCAUUCGGCUGCAACACGUGCCGCUGUACAGGGUACAGACCCAUCCUGGACGCCAUCAAAUCCUUCGCGAUCGAUGCCAGCCCUUCGCUCUGUAAACAGGUUGAAGAUAUAGAAGAUCUAACUUGCUCCAAAGAUGAUACCAAAGUCUGCGACCGGAGAUGCUCUACAUGUAGUGACAGUGACUGGAGUCUAGUCAAUGCUACAAUCGAUCACAAGCCCAAAAUACUGGACUUUGGAGAUACCACAUAUAUUAAAGUGUAUGACGAGGAUCAGAUAUUUAGUAUGAUCACUAAUUAUACUCACAAUUUCAAACCAUAUAUGUUGAUUGAUGGAAAUACUGCAAAAGCUGUCAUCCAGGAUUUCGAAUAUCCGCCAGUUCUCAUCGACAUCAGUUCUGUGAGCUCUUUGAAAGCAUAUCACUUUGACCAGAACCUGGUACUCGGGUCCAACAUCUCCCUAGAAGACACCAUGACAAUAUUCAGGAACUCCGCGUUAAGUUACGACGAGUUUGCUUAUUUGGAGGGAUUAGCGAAACAUUUUGAUUUGAUCGCUCAAAUUCCAGUACGGAAGUUGGGAUCAUUGGCAGGGAACAUUAUGCUGAAGCAUAGAGACAACGCGUUCCCUUCUGACGUGUUUCUUCUGUUUGAAGCUAUCGGAGCCAUUAUUGCAAUACGUGAUGGCAAUGGUGUAACAGCAACCUACACUAUGCAGGACUUUCUGGAAGUCAAUAUGGAUGGCAAAUUGAUCGUGAACUUUCUUUUGCCACCGCAAGCACCAACUCAUAUAUUUAGAAGCUUUAAGAUAAUGCCGAGAAGUCAAAAUGCUUUAGCGAUAGUCAACGCUGCUUUCAGUGUCAAUUUCGUAUACGGAACCAUUGUUGAUUCAAUUAAUAUUACAUACGGCAAUAUUUCCGGUCAUUUCAUUCACGCCAUUCAAACAGAAGCUUUUUUGAAAGGGAAGAAUUUGUUCGAUAAUCACGUGGUGCAAGCCGCUAUCGAUGUUUUAAAUAUAGAGAUUGUACCCGACGAAAACCCACCAAUGCAAGCACCGUGUGCAAGAAAGAAAAUGGCAAUCGGACUGUUUUACAAGUUCGUCUUAGGGUUGACUCCAGAUUCAAUUAUAUCUAAAUGCUAUCAAUCGGGCGGUGACCUGAUCCCACGUCCAUUAUCUUGCGGUGUUCAACUAUACCAAACGGAUCCCAAGCUGUAUCCUCUCAACCAGCCAGCAAUGAAACUGGAAGCUGUCAUACAAAGUUCUGGAGAGGCUCAUUACGUUAACAGCAUACCUCGGAUGCCAAAAGAAGUGCACGCAGCAUUUGUUUUGUCCACAGUACACAACGGAGCUGUAGAUAGAGUAGACGUUGAGCAUGCGAUGACAUUGGAAGGCGUUUUAGCGUUGUUUACAGCUAAAGAUAUACCAGGAAAAAACUCUUUUGCCUUCCCCGGUAUACAACUGCAGACUGAAGACGAAUAUAUAUUAGCCGACCAAGAUAUCCAAUACUAUGGGCAACCAGUAGCUAUAGUCGUAGCCAAAAGCCAAGAUUUAGCUAUAAACGCAGCCAAAAAAGUCAUAGUUUUUUACAAGAAUGUGGUAAACACACCACCAAUUUUGACAAUCGAGCAAGCUAAAAUUGUCAACGACAGAAUCAUGGUAGGUCCUACAAUCGAGCCAAAAAGCAGGGGCCAAAAUGUUAAAACAGUUGUUAAAGGUGUGUUAGAACUGAAGGCUCAAUAUCAUUAUUAUUUGGAACCUUUAUCGUGUGUGACGAUUCCUGUUGAUCGAGGCUUGGAGGUGUAUGAUACAGCACAAUGGAUGGAUUUGACGCAAAUCGCUGUUGCACAGUGUUUGUGUAUGUCUGAAAAAGAUAUCCACGUAAAAGUUCGUCGCAUAGGAGGCGGUUUUGGAGGGAAAAUCAGCCGAAAUGUACAAGUGGCAUGCGCGUGUUCAAUUGUUGCAAAAUUGAUGGACCGCCCUUGUAGAAUCGUGUUGCCACUGCAGACCAAUCUCACUAUUGCUGGGAGAAGAUUGCCAUUCAAGUGUGAAUAUGAGGUCGGUGUUGACGAUAAUGGAAAGAUUCAAUACCUAAACGCAACAAUCACUGAGGAUGAUGGCUGUUCCCAUAACGAAAAUGUUUUGCAGUACGUUGCCGAAGGCUUUCCUAACUGCUACAAUUCUGAGAACUUUAAUCUGAAGACAUUUGCAGUUCUUACCGAUAUACCUUCUAAUACAUUUGCUAGAGCACCUGGUACUCUAGAGGGCAUCAUGAGCAUAGAACACAUUAUGGAACACAUAGCUUUUGCCGUAAAAAGAGACCCCACUGAUGUCCGUUUAAUCAACAUGAGAACAGAAGACAACGAUUUACCACAACUCAUAGCAUUACUAAAAGAUAAGGCAGACUAUGAGAAUAGAUUAAAAUGUAUCAAAGUGUUCAACAAAAACAAUAGAUGGAUGAAGAAAGCGAUCAAGAUCAACGUAAUGCUGUUCCCAGUGGAGUAUUAUGGGAACUACACCGCUAUGGUGUCUAUCUAUCGUGGUGAUGCUACAGUGACGAUAACGACUGGCGGUAUUGAAAUGGGUCAAGGCGUGAACACCAAAGCUGCCCAGGUUUGCGCUCAUGAGUUUGGAAUACCACUCGAAUAUGUGACAGUCAUUCCCAACUAUUCAUUUGUGGCAGCGAACAACGUAUUCUCUGGCUCCAGUAUCGUCAGUGAAAGCGUCUGUUACUCUGUAAUAAGAGCGUGUGACAUUAUAAAGAGGCGGCUCAACCCUUUGAAACUGAAACUGGGUAAUCCGACAUGGCUGGCGUUGAUACAAGCAGCUGGGCAAGCAGAAAUAGAUUUGACAGCCUCUUACAUGAUGACUGAUAAGGAACCUGACUUGAUGGACUAUAGCGCAUUUGCUGUUGCAAUUCUUGAGGUGCAAUUGGAUGUGUUAACUGGAAAAUUUCAAGGGAACAGAUGCGAUAUAUUGGAAGAUGUUGGAUUAAGUGCUAAUCCAAAUAUCGACGUUGGUCAGGUUGAAGGUGGUUACGUACAAGGUCUGAGUUAUUUGGCAGUCGAAGAUUUAGUUUUUGAUAAAAACACAGGCAAAUUGUUGACCAACAACGCAUUGAACUACGAAGUGUUCUUGGCUAAGGACAUCCCGGUGGAUUUCAGAGUUUACUUGCGAUACAACUCAAAGAAUCCUAAAGGCGUUUUGGGAUCUAAAGCCGUGGGGGAAAUGGGCAUAGUUACCACGCAUGGACUCAUCUACGCCGUAAGACAGUGCAUUAUGGAGUCGCGCAAAGACUCUGGAUACGACCCCAACGAAUGGUUUGAUCUCGAAAUACCUCUAACAACGGAGUCGGUACUCAAGGCUCUGAACGUGAAACUCUCAGAGUUGCAGCUAUGCUAAGAAUACCUAUAAUAUGAUAAAUUCUUUGCAGAGAUUAUAAUCGAUUUUUUAUCGAGAAGAUAAAAUUACGACAAAAGUACCUAUGUGACUACAUAUCAGAUGAAAUGUUUACCACCAACCACUAUAGACCAACGUGUACCUAUCUACCUACCUAUGCAUAAAAAUGUCUAGAUAAAAUCAAUAGAAAUUUUCCAAACACAGUUUUAACUU